CUUCUCCCAUGAUGCACCGGGCUAGCUCCAAGUCCCCCCAGUGCGCCGCCAUGUUGUCGGAGUGAUAGGCAGCGGCAGGGAGACGGCUCCGGGGGCUGAGAGAAAUACUGACCUAAUCCGACUCCAUCCUCCCGCUCCGCCCGUGUUGGUGGAAUGAGCGUUGCAUGUGUCUUGAAGAGGAAAACAGUUCUCUGGCAGGACUCCUUUAGCCCCCACCUGAAACAGUACACAGAAGGCACCCUUAACCACAAUAUGCCCGUGGUCCUGACAUCUGGACCGGUGGGCCAGCAGCAGCCACCACAGCACCCAACCCAUUCUGCACUGGCUGCUGGUCCCCAUGCUAGUCCCGUUGGCAGUUCGAUGGGUGUGGCUGGACGCUCACAGGAUGAUGCCAUGGUAGAUUAUUUUUUCCAGAGACAACAUGGCGAGCAGUUUGGGGGCGGUGGAAGUGGUGGAGGUGGUUACAACAAUAGUAAGCACCGUUGGCCGACUGGAGACCAUAUUCAUGCAGACCAUCAGGUUCGUUCUAUGGACGAGUUAAAUCAUGAUUUUCAAGCCCUUGCACUGGAAGGAAGAGCAAUGGGAGAGCAACUGUUACCUGGCAAAAAAUUCUGGGAAACUGAUGAUUCCAACAAGGAUGGACCAAAAGGCAUAUUUCUUGGGGAUCAGUGGCGAGAGAGUGCGUGGGGGGCAUCAGAUCACUCUGUUUCUCAGCCUAUCAUGGUCCAAAGGCGACCAGGUCAAGGAUUCCAUGUUGGCAGUGAAGUGAACUCUGUUCUCUCCCCUCGUUCUGAAAGCGGUGGCCUGGGAGUCAGCAUGGUGGAGUAUGUCCUAAGCUCUUCUCCUGGAGACAACUGCCUGAGGAAAGGAGGAUUCGUAAGUGCCUCUCCCUUAAUACAAACAAGGGGGGCCCUUCGAUUGCCAAGAUAUAGACAGAUGCAGGGUCCUCGAGAUCCAGAAGGAGAUGAGAAUGAGAAGGGUGAUAAAAAGAGCAAAGGUGUUUAUGAAGGGGACAAGCUAGGCGACCUGAAGGAGGAAGUGGAUAGUAUGGAUAAGGCUAAUGGACUACCUGUGCAGAAUGGGAUAGACAGCGAUGUAAAGGAUUUCAGUCGCACCCCAGGCAACUGCCAGAAUUCUGUAAAUGAGGUGGACCUUCUUGGAUCAAGCCAGAAUGGUUCUGAAGGACUUGCCCAACUGACAAACAGCAAUGGAGCCAAGCAAGUGGAAGAUUUUGGAGGUAUGGAGUCCCAGAGUGUACAGCUGGACCCCAUGGAGCAUGUUGGCAUGGAACCACUUCAAUUCGACUACCAAGGCAACCAAGUUCAAGUGGAUUCAGGAACUACUACAGUUGGCCUCUUUGACUAUAAUUCCCAGCAGCAGUUGUUCCAAAGACCGAAUGCCCUUGCAGUUCAGCAACUGACGGCAGCCCAGCAACAGCAGUAUGCCCUUGCAGCAGCACACCAACCACAUAUAGGUAUGUUUUCAGCAGGUUUAGCUCCCGCUGCCUUUGUACCAAACCCUUACAUCAUCAGUGCAGGUCCUCCUGGAACGGACCCUUAUGCGGCAGGAUUGGCAGCAGCUGCAACCCUUGGUCCAGCUGUGGUUCCACACCAGUAUUAUGGGGUGACUCCGUGGGGAGUGUAUCCUGCCAACAUCUUCCAGCAGCAGGCGGCAGCUGCAGCCGCAGCAAGUAACUCUGCAUCCCAACAGAAUAACCCACAAAAUCAGCAGGGCCAGCAGCAAGUUCUUCGUGCAGGUGGAAACCAAAGGCCUCUAACCCCUAAUCAGAACCAACAGGGGCAGCAAAAUGAUCAGCUAGUGGCAGCAGCUGCAGUGAACUCUGCACUUGCAUUUGGGCAAGGACUUGCUGCUGGCAUGCCAGGGUACCCAGUAUUGGCUCCUGCUGCAUACUAUGACCAAACAGGGGCUCUUGUUGUGAACACUGGGGCCAGAAAUGGACUUGGAGGUCCUGUUAGGUUGGUGGCUCCUGCACCUGUUAUCAUCAGUCCAUCAGCAGCUCAAGCAGCUGUUGCCGCUGCAGCUGCCUCAGCCAAUGGACCAGGUGGCAAUAAUAAUGGACCCUUUCGCCAGUUAAAUUCUCAGCAACCUCAGGGACAGCCGCAGCCACAGGGCAACCAGAAUCUGCCCUCAAACUCUUUUUAUGCCAAUAGCUCCCUGACCAGUAACUCCCAAAGUAGCUCCUUGUUUUCACAGAGUUCAGGUCAACCGGCAAACAGCUCGUUGGGGUUUGGCAGUAGCGGAUCGUUAGGUGCGACGCUUAGUUCAGCACUUGGUGGCUUUGGAACAGCAGUUGCCAAUUCCAACACUGGCAGUGGAUCACGCCGCGAUUCUCUAACUGGCAGCACUGACUUAUACAAAAGGACUUCCAGUAGCUUGAAUCCAAUUGGCCAUAGUUUCUACAAUGGUCUUGGCUUUUCUUCCUCUCCUGGUCCUGUAGGCAUGCCCCUUGCCAGCCAGGGGCCCAGCCAUUCCCAGACACCGCCACCUUCCUUAUCAUCCCAUGGGUCGUCUUCCAGCCUCAACCUUGGAGGCCUGACUAAUGGUAGUGGCCGUUAUAUAUCUGCUGCACCAGGAGCAGAGGCAAAGUACCGCAGUGCGAGCAGUGCAUCAAGCUUGUUUAGUCCUAGCAGCACAUUGUUUCCAUCUUCUAGACUUCGUUAUGGCAUGUCCGAUGUAAUGCCAUCAGGUAGAAGCAGGUUGCUGGAGGACUUCAGGAACAACCGCUAUCCUAACCUACAGCUAAGAGAAAUAGCUGGUCAUAUUAUGGAGUUUUCCCAGGACCAGCAUGGGUCAAGGUUCAUACAGCUAAAGCUUGAGCGUGCAACUCCAGCAGAGAGGCAGUUGGUAUUCAAUGAGAUCCUACAAGCGGCGUAUCAAUUGAUGGUGGAUGUGUUUGGGAACUACGUCAUACAGAAGUUCUUUGAGUUUGGAAGCCUUGAACAGAAGUUGGCGCUAGCAGAACGUAUCCGUGGACAUGUACUAUCCCUGGCUUUACAGAUGUAUGGCUGUCGGGUGAUACAGAAGGCUUUAGAGUUUAUCCCACCUGACCAACAAGUCAUUAAUGAAAUGGUUCGGGAGCUAGAUGGUCACGUUUUGAAGUGUGUUAAAGACCAAAAUGGAAAUCAUGUUGUACAGAAAUGUAUAGAGUGUGUCCAGCCGCAGUCUCUGCAGUUCAUCAUUGAUGCCUUUAAGAGUCAGGUGUUUGCGCUAUCCACGCAUCCGUAUGGCUGCAGAGUUAUUCAGAGGAUUUUGGAGCAUUGCCUUCCUGAGCAAACACUGCCCAUUCUGGAGGAGUUGCACCAGCACACUGAGCAGUUGGUACAGGAUCAAUAUGGGAACUAUGUCAUUCAGCAUGUUUUAGAACAUGGCCGACCUGAAGACAAGAGUAAGAUUGUUGCAGAGAUUCGGGGCAAUGUCCUUGUUCUAAGUCAGCACAAGUUUGCUAGUAAUGUGGUGGAGAAAUGUGUGACACAUGCCUCUCGCACAGAGCGGGCAAUGCUUAUUGAUGAAGUUUGUUCAAUGAAUGAUGGGCCUCACAGUGCCUUAUACACCAUGAUGAAGGAUCAGUAUGCCAACUACGUGGUGCAGAAAAUGAUUGAUGUGGCAGAGCCAGCACAGCGUAAAAUUGUCAUGCACAAGAUUAGACCGCACAUUGCCACCCUUCGUAAAUAUACAUAUGGCAAGCACAUUCUUGCUAAGCUGGAGAAAUACUACAUGAAGAACGGUAUGGAUCUAGGGCCAAUGUGUGGUCCCUCCAAUGGCAUCAUCUAGAGAUCUUCCUGAACUCACUGUCUCUCCCUAUUUCUGCCCACCGCGUGGGAGAUUCAGAGCGUAGCUCUAAUUUUCAACAAGCCCUUGUAAAUGUCUUUAAUUUUAUUACACCUGACACAUUAAUUAUUAUUUUAAAGAUCAAUGUAAUCCUCCCCACUGUAUUUCUGUAUAGAAUCACUUGUACAUAUCUUGUACAUGUCCCCCUCCCUUUCUGAACGCACCCUCCUCCAUUAUGUGCGCCAGAGCCAGUGUGAAUAAAUUUGCUCUUUAUAAAUUCCAAAAGGAUACUGAAACUUUUUAAGCCAAAACACACUUUACCCUCUCUGCCUUUAUUUUAAAACAUUAUUUGUUUAACCCAGAGUUCUCAGUCUGUCAAUGUUUAUAUAUAUAUAUAUAUAUAUAUAUAUAUAUAUAUAUAUAUAUAUAUAUAUAUAUAUAUAUAUAUUAUAAAAUUUAUGUACACAUCAUUUUUUUUUCCAAGUAAAUUCUGUUUUAUCGUGCAGAUAUUGGGAUCGAGGCAGAUGACCUGCCAUUUUUACGACUAUUUUGAUUUCAAGAGACUUGCUUUAGCAUGUCCACCUUAAUUCUAACCCUCCUAUACUCUUUUUCGCUUUGUAUAAAUAUGUAGUGUAUACUUGAUAUAGAUAUUUGCAUAUAUAUAAAACUUUGUAGUAUUUUUCUUUUAAUUUUUUUGAUGUUUAAAUACAGAUGUAUCCUGCAGUUAGUGGACAUAAACCCUUUUGACUGUAAAAUUGUACAUUUGUAAAACCUCAGUAAUGUAAAUGUGAGUUUGAAAAUCGACAUAACCCCCUUCCUUUUUGGUAAGAGAAAAGAAAAGAUGAAAAAAAAAGGAAAAAAAAACUUUAGGCCAAACUGUGCAUUUUCAGAAUUCUUCUACAGAUAUAUUGGUCGUGAUGUUGUAAAUUGUAAAUUGUAAUUUCAGCCAGGCAAGACAAAACUGCAUCUUUCCCCCGCCCCCCCCCCCCUUUUUUUUUUUAUAGUUGGUGUUUCAUUUGACUUCCACAAAGAAUUUGGAUAAGUGUUAAAUUUGCUCUAAAUUAGUGCAGCACUCUUUAAAACAAUCAGCCAACUGCAAGUUGAAUCUGAACUGAAGAACCCAAUUAAAUCUUAGUUAUUCUUUAUUGUACAGACUCUAAUGUUUUGUUUUUUGCAUUUUGUCUCACUUGUAAGUUGCUGUAACAUAUUGUCCACUUAAUUCUUUCUUGUUUAAAUAUACAAAUGUAAUAGUUAAACGGUGUAUAUUUACAACAGACAUUAAAUCCCCUUCUUUUGUGUAUAUUACAAUUGAAUUUUCCAAGCACACUUGUUUAACUGUAUGUGUAUAAUUAAGAAUCCCCUUUUCAAUUGCCAGAUGGAGCAGGAGGGCAAUGGGGAAGGGGCAUUAUUGGCCCUGUGGAUGCUUCUGAUUUAGCAAUUAUUUUUUUGUACUUUGUGUAGAAUGUCUAUAAACGAUGUGUGAUCUUUAUUUUGAAAAUUACAGAACUUUGGAAUCUG